AGUAGCCCCUUUUGAGAAUCACUGCUCUACGUCAUCUUUCAAACUCAACAGUAGGACAACAUCAACAACCCGAUAAUUAAAGCAAAAUUGAGUCAUGGAAAAUUCAGGCAAACCCCAUAGGACUAAGCACGGAACAAAGGAGAGGGGAGCUACGGCUGCAGGCAAGGGAGAAAGUUGGAAAAUGCAAGACCAGGUUUGUGGACAUAACUCCAGGUCAGAAGGAGGUCAGCAGGGAAAGAAGAACCAGGGUAGCCCCUACAAGGCAAGCCCCAAGAAGGAGGGACAAGGACCCCAGGGCCCCGUUGGAUUAAGAGGUGGCCAAAGCCCCUCUCAGAGAGACAGCCUCCGGAGGUUCCCCUGCACAGUUAACAGUGAUAUCUGUCAAGAGGAUGAUUGGAGAGGGUAUUCACAGCAGCAGCAGCACUGGAGGAGGAGAGGCCAGGGACAAAGUCCAAACGAGGAUGAAACCUAUUGUAGGAGUGAAAACACCAAUAUCAUCGGCCAUAGAUCUGGAAAAAAACAGAGGAAUAGAAACAAAAAAAGAGCUUUAGUUGAAGAGUACAAGGGCCUUGAAAGUGAGGAGUCCAGAUUCUCAGGUCAGGAGGUCCAAAACAUAUGGCCAGCAGAGAGAAGACUGAAAAGAGAGGGUAUUCACCCCGUAAGAAAGAAUUCCCAUAGCAAUCCUGCUGCGCAUUACACCUGCAGUUUGUGUGAAUGUCUUCUGGAGUCUAUUCCUCGUGCUCUGAAACACAUUGGGGAAAGACGUCACAAGAAGAGGGCUCGGGAGAAACAGGAGCAGCAGAUGCUAACUCAGAUCACGCCUCCAGGUCCAGAGCACAUCAGUGCAGUGACUGAAGCUCUAAAGGCUGUUGUCCAGGAGCAUGGGAUGAAAGACCAGGAUGUUUUGAUAAGAGAGGAGGUUGUCCUCACCAUGCAAGGACUUCUGCUAUCUGUCCUGCCAGAAAUAAAGCUCAGGCUGUAUGGCUCAUCUUGCACAAAGUUUGGAUUUAAGGAUUCUGAUGUCAACAUUGACGUUCAGUACCCCCCUCAUAUGCGUCAGCCAGAUGUCUUGAUGAAGGUAAAGGAGAUCCUAAGUGUGAGCUAUCUUUUUCUUGACGUGGAAGCUGACUUUCAUACCAUAGUGCCUGUGGUCAUCUGUAAAGAAAGAAAGAGUGGUUUAAUCUGCAAAGUGAGUGCUGGGAAUGAAAAUGCUUUUCAGACAUCCUCUUACCUGUCUGCCCUUGGAAAGAUGAACCAUCUCCUCCUCCCUCUGGUUUUGGGCCUCAGACGCUGGGCACAGCUCUGUGAAAUUGACCGUCCAGAGGAAGGGGGGUUGCCUCCACAUGUGUUUGCCCUCAUGGUCAUCUUCUACUUACAGAAGCGUAGAGAGCCUCUCUUGCCUACGUAUCUGAACCAGGGGGUGAAAGUUUUUUCACUUAGUCGGUUGUCCGACUUCAAUCUCACACAUACUGACGAAGAGUACAUGCACUGGACCUUCUGCCCUCCCUCCAGAGAAUCCUCUCAGCCUGCAGAGAGCGCCACUAUAAAAGGAAAGGUGCCGCUGGUGUUUCAGAGCACCCGUCCAGCGGUGGAAGUUGGACUCCUCUGGAUAGAAAUGCUUCGCUUCUACUCGCUGGAGUUUAUCAUGGCUGACAACGUGAUCAGUGUUAGAACCGCCGCUGUCCUUUCUCGAGAGAUGAAAGACUGGCCAAAGAAGCGCUUCGCUAUCGAGGACCCGUUUGCUGUUAAAAGAAACGUGGCCCGGACUGUGAACAGCCAGCAAAUGUUUGACUACAUCCUUCAUUGCCUCAAGACCACGUAUAAAUACUUUGCUCUUCCGCUCAAUAAGUCUGCUGCUAACCACAGAGCAGGGGAAGCCAAGCCUGGCCAUGUCUUGGGAGCCGGCACUGAGGCUUUAAGCGGCCUCUCUGGGUUCAGUCAGCUCUCCCUUCAGUCCCAGCAUGCCAUUCAAACUCAAGCUGCACAAGAUGGCCCUGAUGACUCUGACUGCAUCAUUGAAGAAGAGGAGGAAUGCAGUGACUCUGAUGAAGAGAGAAGGAAGGAAAAGGAAGACCUUAGCAAAAUGCAUUUGUCAGAAGACGAGGAGGAUGAGGAUCUAGAUGUUGAUCUUCAGGGGCGUGAUCGACAGCACCUGGACAGCUUUACAACAGAGGAGGAAGACAUUUUCCCAAUCGAUGAUAUCUCAGGUGAAGAACUGCUGUCUGAUGAGGAACCCCCAGAUUUGGACACACCGGGUUCUCCAGACGAGGACCAUGAACUGGUUCAUGUCAGGCGUUCAGCCUCACCUUCACAGAGCACGACUGAAAAUGAAAGCACAGACAAUAAAACCCAACAGCAGAGCCGAAGGGCUUAUAAAUUCACCAAGCAAGCUUUUACCAAAGGAAAAUCACAUAUGGUGGUGUGUAGCUUGUGCAAACGAGAUGGACAUCGGAAGAAAGACUGUCCAGAGGAUUUCACAAAGAUGGAGCUGGAUCCCCUUCCCCUGUUAACACCAGACUUUCUUCAUGUCCUUAACAGAGUCUGUGAACAAUGUUACAGAGAUUUUGUCCCAGAUGACCAGGAGACUGGUGUAAGAGAGCUCAUCCUUCAAGACCUGCAGAGCUUUGUGAGACGACAGUUUCCUGGGGCUCGGCUGCAACUGUUUGGCUCAUCCAAAAAUGGCUUUGGAUUCAGGCGGAGUGAUCUUGACAUCUGCAUGGUUCUGGAGGAAAAGGAAACCAUAGAUGAGUUUGAUUGCAUUAUUAUUAUUAAAGGCCUCGCAAGACAGCUGAAGAAACACCAAGGCCUUAAGAACAUCCUCCCCAUCACCACAGCUAAAGUACCCAUUGUUAAGUUUUACCAUAUUCACACUGGGUUGGAGGGAGAUAUCAGCCUCUACAAUACACUGGCUCUUUAUAACACACGCCUGCUCGCAUCAUAUGCAGCCAUAGACAGAAGAGUGAAGAUCCUUUGUUAUGUUAUGAAGGUUUUUGCAAAGAUCUGCGAUAUUGGAGAUGCGUCGCGUGGAAGCCUCUCAUCCUACGCCUAUACUCUCAUGGUGCUUUUCUUCCUUCAGCAGAGAAACCCACCUGUCAUCCCAGUGCUCCAAGAGAUUUAUGAUGGAAAAACAAAGCCAGAAGUGCUCGUUGAUGGUUGGAAUGUGUUUUUCUAUGAGGAUUUAAAAUCGCUGCCCCUUUACUGGCCACAUUGUGGAAAAAACACUGAGACUGUGGGGGAGCUCUGGCUCGGCUUGCUCCGCUUCUACACAGAGGAGUUUGACUUCAGAGAGCAUGUCGUUUGUAUCCGACAGCACGCCCGUCUCACCACGUUCAACAAGCAGUGGACCUCGAAGUACAUUGUCAUUGAAGAUCCAUUUGACCUGAAUCAUAAUUUGGGUGCCGGUCUGUCCAGGAGAAUGACAAACUUUAUCAUGAAGGCAUUCAUCAAUGGAAGAAGAGUGUUUGGCACACCUGUGAGAGUGUUUCCACCAAUUUAUCCCACUGAAAUGGAGUAUUUUUUUGACCCAGAGGUUCUGACCGAGGGAAAAGUAGCACCCAACGAUCGCUGCUGCCGGGUCUGUGGCAAGAUUGGACACUUUUUAAAAGACUGUCCCAUGCGCAACAAACCGAAAAAACAACGGGAAUCAGAGCACUUUGAGGAUUCCACAGAGGAACUCGUGGAUCCAGUCAGAUACAAGAAGAAACACUGGAAGAAAAGAGAUGCACUGGAGAUGCGCUGCUGCUUCCUGUGUGGAUCAAGCUCCCACAUCAAGAAGGACUGUCACCUUUACAGAAGUCCUGCAGGUAAUGUGAAAAUGGAAAACCUAACCCCCCCCUCGUCAGGCCACCUUAAGAAUAGGAGAGAAAAGGGGAAUCAGGGCUUAUCUGCACAAGAAGAAAGGAGGAGAAAGCAACAGAAUGUAAUUCUUAGUCCACAAGCAGGGUUGGUGAGAGGAGAGAAUGAGAACAUUGAGUAUUUGCACCAUCCCCAGACUCCUCCAUGUUCCUCAGGACUUUGGAGUAUAGUCCUGCUUCUAUUUCUUGAUCUUUGCUUUAACUUCUGCAUAUUAGUCUGCUGUUUAGUCAAGUUCUUUGCAGUAAAAGUGCGUGAUUUGUUGAUUGCUUUUUCGAGGCUAUAGGGGUGAAAAUAAAGCCACUGUAAACGGACCUGGAUAAUGUAGCUAUCUUACCUCUCUUUUAUUUGUCUGUUUAAUCUGGAUAAAAAUCAUACUUCCUAAAAAAAAAAAAUCAAAAUUUCUGCUUUCUGGUGUCAUCCUAGGUAGUUUAGCUCGUCAAAACUUAAGCCGCUUUGGUCCCAAGAAAAGCCCAGAAGAGUGACAGCGCCCACUGGAUUCUCAGAACGAAGGAUUUGUGUUAUCUCCACAGACUACAACCCUUAUUUAGGGAAUACUCCCUGAAUCUGGAUGAUAUUAUUGGGUUGUUGGUUGCCCAUUAAAAAGCCAAAGCCUGGACAUUGAGACUUGAAGCCAAAAAGGGCCUUUUUAUGUGUGUGUUUCCUCUUUAGAGGUGCUUUUAAAACUUUUAUUUCUUACCAAGAGAAGCCAUUAUACAUGUCCAGUUUCUUUGUUUUCAUUCUGUUAAUUUUUUUUUAUUCUUUGCAAACCAAUUCAGUAAUGGCAAUUUCAAAUCUGCCUCCCGUAAUCCUCAAAGAUUUAGUGUUAAAAAAAAUACUAGGAUAUUAUGUGCAGAGGUUUUCUGCUAAAAUGAAAACGAAGAAGAUUGGCAUUGUUUUUUUAAUGCCUUAACUCAGUUGUUUAUACAAACACCAUCUCAAUGUAAAAUCACUAUGUUAUAAAAUGUUGCUCUGGUCUGCUAGAGAUUCAUAUUUUUAUUGCCGUUUAAUAAUAACUUGAUGAAGAUUUUAAUGGCAAUGUUUAGUUGUAUGGGGUUCUUUUAUUUUCUUACCUUAUAUUUUAAAUUCUGCCUCAUUUUUGUGCUUCAAUGAGGCCUAUUUUUUUCUGUAUAAAUCCCCUAGAAUGAUUAAUCAAGUUGGGUUGGAAAAAAAAAUUAAAGGAUUUGCUGUGAGAGCUAUGCCGUCGCUUAUAUGCCUGCAUGCGAAGACAGAGGCUAAUCUUCCAACACUGUUUCUUCACUCAUGACUGGAAAUGGAAUAACGUUGCUGAGGGAAAAAGUUUCAGACCGGCAUGGGUCUGAAUUUCAGGCCCUUUUAUAUGGAUACCACAGAUUUGGUAGCUGCACUGUGAGGGUCCAAGCCCUUCAAUUUAUUUUGCUGCUUGUUCAUUUUUCCCUGCCAAGAGUUAAUUAUUAAAUACAAAAAAUGCCGUUUUUAUUUUUGCAUUUUUCUAAAACAAAGCUUUUGUUUUCAUGAGUUUUAUUGUUUGAGUUUAUUUUAAUACCAGCCUUUUUAUAAUUGUUUUGAUGCACUGAAAUUAUCAAAGCAUUUCAUGUGUAAUUAAGGAGUCCUGAUCUAGGAAGGAAAGGCUGGUUAACACUCGAUUUUGUCUGGGGAAAGAAAAUAAAACAUCAUUUUACAACC